CCGGGACUCUGAACGCCGGUAUGUUUCUGAGUCGGUUUGACAGUCGGUCGAAGCUGCUGGUUCGGUCGUUAAUGGCUGGAGCCUCCGGUGCGCACAGGGCUCUGGGCGUCUUCCACAGGCAGCAGCGGGCUAACCCCGAAAUGUCACUGUCUAACUUCAUGGAAACUCUGUGCCAAGACGAAAUAACCAGUCCGGAGAUUGGAGCCCAGCCGCUAACUGCUAAACCCCUGGUGUGCCUGUUUCCAGUAUUGUUCAAACAAAAUCUGCUGUCCUUCAUCUACCUGGUUCACUCAGUUCUUCCUCAGACCUCUAUCCUCCAUCUGCUCAAAUGCCUGAGCCAGGACUCUCAUCCAAACCCCUGGGUCACCGCUUUGGGUAGACAGCUGGAGAGAAGCCUGGGGACUCACAAUGAGGAGCCCCUGUACACUCGACCAUGCAGCCAGAGACUCAAGGAGCUGUCACAGCGUUUGGUUGGUUUUGGUGAGACCGGAGGAUGGGCCAAGUGCCUCAGCGGUCAAACAGUAGAAUCUGAAUCUCUGCGAGCGUCUGGUUUAUCGGAGCUGGGGACUCAAAGGAAAAGGAAAGGCAGUUUUGUCACUCUGGACUCAGGCGAUGAGGAAACGGGACACCAGAUUAAACGGAUAAAGAUGGAUGGCUGUGGUGGUGAGCGUGUUGAUGCAGAAGAACAGAGCACAAAUGAGGUGACAUCAGGAAGGUUAGAAAGAGAUGCUCCAGCAGAAACUCCUGCUGAAGAACAGGCAGCACCAGACAGUCCAAGUCAUUCCCUGCCUGAACAUAUAAAGGUCUCUGUUCUUCAAAUAAAAGAAUUACUGGAAAGUCAGACAGAGUGGGACCAGAGCUCCAUGGAUGUGUUCAAAGUGCUGAAUGACUGUGACCCUGCCCAAAUGGAGGUGUUAUGUAGCACGCUGAGUUUGCCUGCUUUACCGGAGCAGACUCUGCCUAAACUGUGCAGCAGUGUCUUGACUCUCUCUCUUGACCUCAGCUACAGCUCAGCAGCAACACUCAUCAAGAGCCUCCUGCUGGAGAAGGUCCUUUCCCUGUCAGAACCGGCCUCCAGAUGCCUGGUUACUGCAGCAACAUCACUGUGUAGCCAAUAUCCCAGACCAAUGUGCCACGCUCUGGUCGGACCAGUUCUAAUGGAGAAGAACAUAGGGAAUCCACAGGCUGAGCUGCUGAACAGGCUGAUAGAAGGCUGCCUGGAUUCCCACUACAGACUAUUGCUGCUUCAAAUGACGUUCAAAAUUGCAUGGAGUGAGGCAUUGCUCUCCAUUAUCCACAGCUUGCUAGACUCCAAGCCUGACUUGAAUGAAGAAGUGUUCACACAAUUCACUGAACAGCUCGUCAGCCAGGGUCCUCAGUUCACAAAGUCUGUGAAGUUUGCGAAAAUGAUGCUAACAGUGCUCACCAAAUAUAGCAGCCAUGUGACUGCUGCACACAAACACUCCCUGUCUGGUUGCCUGUUGUUAAAUGAGACCUUCCUGAAAAAGUCUCUUCAGGCUGCUUUGAAAAGAAUAACGCACACAUGAAGUGAUAACAAUUUACUUUAAGUUCCUCUACUACGCAUUUAUAAGCAGUAUGCACACAUUUAACAAAUGGUGUAUAAACUAUUACAAAGUAGUUGUGAGAAGAGAUACGAACAUUUAAAGUGUUAAUAAAUGUACAGUAUCUAUCAGCAAGUAUAACGUCUCCUCUGAAGACAUAUUUUAUAUUAUUACACGUGUGUUUUACUAUAUUAUCAGUCAUUAUAUGUUUAUACACCAGCCUCCACUUAUGGAUGUGUUAUAGGAGGAGUUAUAGUCUUUGACGUUAAUCAAUAAAUACUUAUAUCUGCUUAUAGCUACAUUGUAAUUGAUUAUUAAGUAUUUAUUACAUGUUUAUAUAGUGCUUAUAAAUGCUAAAUAGGGGGACUUAAAGUUUUACCCAUGAGUUUUUUUUUCUGACCUAAUGCAUGUUAAUAAACCUGUUAAAAUCAGUUCUUGUCUACUUCU